AUGCGGUCUUCCCCGUCCCCGGGCUCGGCGAGGAAAGCUCAGCCCGAUGUAAACCCGGCACUUGCCCAGACGGGUCUCCGCGGUGCCCGCCCGCCCAUCAGCUGGGGGCUCCGCAAGCCGUGCGGUUCGCAGACCCCUGCGCCGCCCAGGGCGAAGAAGGAACCCAAGCCUACCAAAGUCUCUGAGCUGGAGAAGAGGCUGGAUGAGUUGACGACGCAGUUGAGCGCGACGACGCAGCAGCCGCAUCAGGGCGGUGUUGGUGUUGGUGGCAGGAGGAGCAGCGAGGUCGCGACGACCGUCGCCAACGGGACCGUCGUCGGGAGCGCAAACUCGCCGCUUCCGCCUAGCGGUAGCAUCGCGCCGGCGUCGGCUAGGAUACCGAUCAACUGCGAUCACCUUUUCCCGCCAGAGGAGGUCAUCGUCGUCGGGGGCGAGGGGGGGUGGUCCGACACGUCGCCUGCGCCGAGUGCGUCUACGGCGGAUGAUCACCAUACGGUCGGGAGCAGCCAAACCGACAACGGCGGCGCCUCGGGGAUGGGGUCCGCGUCUACAGCACCGAACGAGUCACCCUGGCCGCUGAACAACGAGCAGAGUAAAGUUCUUCAAGUAUUUCUGGACGACAUGCAGCCGCUGUACCCCUUUGUCAUUGUACCCCCUCACAUGAGCCCUACGCAGCUGGCCGCCGAGAGGCCGUUCCUGUGGAAGGGCAUUAUGAUGACGGCGUGCCACUUGGACGCGACGAAGCAGGUUCUGCUAGGGGAAGAGCUGUUGCAGGAUAUCGUGCAGGCGGCGUUCAUGAAGCCCAAAAAGAGCCUAGACGUGCUGCAGGGGCUGCAGCUCCUGAUUGCAUGGUACCACUACAACAUCAACAGUUACCAGCUCACGAACCUGCUGUUCCUGGCGCGGUCGAUGUGCGUUAGUUUGGGUUUCAAGGAUAGUCCCAUGCAGCUGGCCGAGCGAGGCGGGAAGGGGACGGGGCUCUCUAUUAGUUUCCAGAAGCCUGAGAGUGAGGCGAGGAAGGUGCAGACGCCGGAGCAGAUUUCGGCGCAGUUGGAGCUGAUGAGGGCUUUUGCUGGAUGUUAUUACCUCAACACACUCGUCUUCACGACGAAUAAGCGGCCAGACGCCUUUAUGAACACGACGUACCUCGAGUCUUGCUGCCGACAGAUUGAGGAGGCGGCGGAGUACCCCAACGACGCGCUCCUGGUACACCUCUUCAAGAUUCAGCAACUCGCGCAGACAAUUUCUCUCACGCUCGGGACGGAGAGCACGAGCUUCCAGUCGCUGCAGCUGCCCCUGACCAUGGUCGUCCAGAGUUUCCAGCAGCAGCUCGACAUCUUCAAGACGUCGCUGCCGGAGCAUCUCAAAGACAAUGUCGGCCUCCUCGCGCACAUCAGCAUAGCGCAAGUUCUCCUCUACGAAAUCGGCAUCCCCGAAGCCCGGGGCCCGGCCUCCUUCAUCUCCCUCACGGAACGCCUCGAGCUCCUCUGGGGCUGCUGCAGCGCCGCCAAACAGUUUCUCGAGAUCCGCUUCCCGCGCAACCACCUCAGCUUGCAGCCGCGCUUCACCUGCCUCAGCUCAUCGGAUUUCCUGUACGUCUUCAUCGUGUGCCUGAAGCUCAUGACGCUCGACCAGGUGCCCGGAUGGGACCUGCCGCUGGUGCAGAAGCACCUCGACCUCGGCGGGGUCGUCGAGAGCCAGGUGGCGCACUUGGAGGUUUUUGUGGCGCAUCGGAGCGGGAAGUUUAGGAGGGCGGCGGCGGACGCGGCUGCUGCGAGGGGGGAAGAAGAAGCGAGAGGUCCAGCGACGGAUGUGCCGGGCCCGAAGGUGGUCGAUCCGUUCGUGAGGCUGACGGAGAUGCUGCGGUACUUCAAGGAUAUCGUCAAGGGCGAGCUGUGCGGUCUCAAGUCGCAGCCGGCGAUCCAGGAGCCGAUUCAGUUGCCCGCCAACUUGUCGGACGGGACGCAGGCCAUGAUUCGGGAUCUGGAUGCGUCGUUUUGGACGGGCGUGCUUGGAGAGGAUGCUGCUGGGACGUGGGAUGUCGGGAUAGACUACUCCCUCUACCUCGUCACCGACUCCACCCCCGCCAUCCUCGGCGGCCGCGACCUGUCGUCCGUCGUCGCGGCCGCCGCCCGGGGCGGCGUCACCAUCGUGCAGUACCGCGACAAGACGAGCGACACGGGCGAGCUCGUCGCCAAUGCCAGGAAGCUGCACGCCGUCUGCCGCGAGGCGGGCGUGCCGCUGCUCAUCAACGACCGGGUCGAUGUCGCGCUCGCUGUUGGGUGUGAGGGUGUGCAUAUCGGGCAGGAUGAUAUGGAGCUCACUGCCGCGAGAAAGAUCCUCGGCCCGGACGCCAUCAUCGGUGUCACGGCCAGCACCAUCGAGGAGGCCCUCAAGGCCUGUGAGGAUGGAGCAGACUACCUAGGCAUCGGCACCGUCUUUGCCACAUCAACCAAAGAAAACACAAAACACAUCAUCGGCACCGCAGGCCUCCGCACAAUCCUCACCAAGCUCGCCGCGGCAGGCCACCUCCCCCGCGUAAAGACGGUCUGCAUCGGCGGCCUCAACCCCUCCAACAUCCAGCGCGUCCUCUACCAGUCCGCCAACCCCGACGCAUCAUCCCCCGCAAGCCUCGACGGCGUCGCCCUCGUCAGCGCCAUCGUCGCCGCCAAGGACCCGGAAUCCGCCUCCCGCAACCUCCUCGAGCUCGUGAAAACGAGCCCGUCGUACCGAAGCACCACCUCUUCCUCCUCCGGCUCCGGUUCCGAUGCCUCUGCCUCCCCCGUCGACGUCGACAACCUCCUCGCCCAGAUCCCCUCCGUAAUCACCUGCGUAGCAACAACCUCCCCCCUCUCCCACAACAUGACAAACCUGGUCGUCCAAAACUUCGCCGCAAACGUCGCCCUCGCCGUCGGUGCAUCCCCCAUCAUGGCAAACUACGGCCAGGAAGCCCCCGACCUCGCGCGUCUAGGCGGCAGCCUCGUCGUGAACAUGGGCACCGUCACCCCCGACGGCAUCGCAAACUACCUCCUCGCCUUGUCCGCCUACAACGCCGCGCGCAGGCCCGUGGUGUUCGAUCCCGUCGGCGCGGGCGCCACGUCGAUCCGGAGGAACGCCGUCAAGACGAUCCUGGCGGGCGGGUACCUGGAUCUCAUCAAGGGCAACGAGGGGGAGAUCAAGACGGUGUGGGGUGAGGGGGCGCUGGAGCAGCAAAAGGGGGUCGAUUCGUCGUCUACUCUGGCCCCGGCGCAGAAAGCAAAGCUGGUGCGGGACCUCGCGAGGAGGGAGAGGAACGUGGUGCUCAUGACGGGCAAGACGGAUUACCUAUCAGACGGCAAGCGCACGCUGGCCGUAGACAACGGGCACGAGCUGCUGGGCCAGAUCACGGGCACGGGGUGCGUGUUGGGCACGACCGUCUCGGCUAUGCUGGCGGCGUGGGCGGACGAGGAUAAGUUGCUCGCUGUGCUGGCGGGGUUGCUGCACUUUGAGAUUGCGGCUGAGCGGGCUGCUGUGCGGGCUGAUGUACAGGGUCCGGGGACGUUUGUGCCGGCGUUUAUUGAUGAACUUGCGAGGGUGAGGAGGGUGACUGUCGAGGGGGAUCUGACGUGGUUGCAAGGGGUCAAGGUCAAGGCUGUCGAAGUUGAGUGA